CGUACUGGAUUAAAACUAUCGUCGCCAUGAUUAUCACCGCCAAACUGGUGGCCAUUGGCCUGAGCCUGGCGCUCACCGCCUUCACCGUAUCGACCAUCGUCCUGGCCGUUCAGAAGGCGAGUCUGCAGAGUGAUCUGCGUGACGCCCAGGAGAAGCUGGACCUGCUGGAGGCGGGUUUUACGAGUACAAAUGCUCCGGGAACCACAAGUUCUGCAGAUCCGGGAACCUCUAGCAGCACAGCAGAGCCAGGUCCCACAGCGGCUCCGGGAACGACAGAGAGUCCCGGGUCUACAGCCUCGACAGCAUCAACUGCCUCACCUGGAACGACUGCCUCUCCGGGCACCACAGCCUCCCCUGAGGAGAAAAUUGACUACCGGCUGCCCAGGAACCUAGUGCCCACGCACUAUGAUCUCUAUCUGUUCCCCAACAUUGAGACAGGAGAAUUUAAUGGACAGGAAACUAUUACCAUUCAAGUUGCAGAGGCAACCGAUAAGAUUGUGCUACACUCACUCAACCUGACCAUCUCGAGUGUAUCUGUGCUAAAUUCGGGCAGUGAUACGCUGGAAGUCAAGGAAACAUCCUUCGAUGACGUCCGGGAGUUCCUCAUUUUCCAGCUCACUGAGCCGCUGACGCAGGGUCGCGACAUCCAGCUGCACAUUGGAUUCGAGGGUUCGAUGGUCAACAAGAUCGUGGGUCUGUACAGUUCGUCGUAUGUGAAGCAGGACGAGAGUCGCAAGUGGAUAGCCACAUCCAAGUUUGAGCCGACUUAUGCCCGGCAGGCCUUCCCCUGCUUCGAUGAGCCGGCACUAAAAGCUGAGUUCACCAUUACGCUGGUGCAUCCCUCUGAGGGAGACUACCACGCGCUGUCCAACAUGGACGUGGCCUCCACGGAAAGCCAGGGCGCCUUCCAGGAGGUCAGCUUCACAAGAAGCGUGCCCAUGAGCACGUACCUGGCCUGCUUCAUCGUCUCCGACUUCACCGCCAAGAAGGUGGAAAUCGAUACAAAGGGCAUUGGAGAUACCUUCACCAUGAGUGCUUAUGCCACUCCCGAGCAGAUCAACAAGGUGGACUUUGCUGUGGACGUGGGCAAGGGAGUGAUUGAGUACUAUAUUGACUAUUUCCAAAUCGAGUAUCCCUUGCCCAAGCUGGACAUGGUGGCCAUUCCUGACUUUGUCUCCGGAGCCAUGGAGCACUGGGGCCUGGUCACCUACCGUGAGACAUCGCUUCUCUACGAGGCGGAGACGAGUUCGGCGACCAACAAGCAGCGCAUUGCCAGCGUUAUAGCCCAUGAGUUUGCUCACAUGUGGUUUGGCAACUUGGUAACUAUGAAUUGGUGGAACGAUCUGUGGCUAAACGAGGGCUUUGCCAGCUUCAUCGAGUACCUUGGCGUGGAUGCUGUGUUCCCAGAAUGGAAAAUGCGGGAUCAAUUUAUUAUUAGUACUCUGCACUCGGUACUCACUCUGGAUGGAACCCUGGGCUCUCAUCCCAUCAUCCAGACGGUGGAGAAUCCCGACCAGAUCACAGAGAUUUUUGAUAGCAUCACCUACUCAAAGGGCUCCUCCCUGGUGCGCAUGUUGGAAGACUUCCUGGGAGAAGUGACCUUCCGCCAGGCGGUGACCAAUUACCUGAACCAAUACAAAUACUCCACGGCCGAGACGGACAACUUCUUCUCGGAGAUCGAUAAGCUGGAUUUGGAUUACAAUGUCACCGAUAUCAUGCUCACAUGGACAGUGCAGAUGGGUCUGCCAGUGGUCACGAUCGAGAAGGUCUCCGACACGGAAUACAAAUUGACGCAGAAACGCUUCUUGUCCAACCCGAACGACUAUGCGGCCGACUACGAGCCCUCGGAAUUCAGCUACCGCUGGUCGAUACCCAUCACAUAUACCACCAGUGCCCAGUCGGAGGUGCAGCGUGCCUGGUUUUAUCACAGUCAGAGCGAAAUCACUAUAACUGUCCCGGCUGCCGUCCAGUGGAUCAAGUUCAACGCCGAUCAGGUGGGCUACUAUCGGGUGAAUUACGAGACCGAUCUGUGGUCAGCCCUCGCUGAUCAACUGGUGGCCGAGCCAAGCUCCUUCAGUGCCGGCGACAGGGCUUCCCUUCUGAAUGACGCCUUUGCCCUGGCCGAUUCCACCCAGUUGCCUUACGAGACAGCCUUUGAGCUGACCCGAUAUCUGGACAAGGAGGCCGACUAUGUUCCCUGGAGCGUGGCUGCCACGCGUCUCACCUCUCUGAAGAGGACUCUGUACUACACCAGCAGCUAUGCCAAGUACAAGAAGUAUGCCACAGCCCUGAUUGAGCCCAUUUACAAGGCUCUGACGUGGACGGUGGGAGAGGAUCACUUGGAUAACCGUCUUCGUGUCACUGCCCUGAGUGCUGCCUGCUCUCUGGGUCUGGAGUCCUGCCUGACGGAAGCUGGACAGCAGUUCACCACUUGGCUGGCCAAGCCUGAGGAUCGUCCCAAACCCGAUGUCCGAGAGACGGUCUAUUAUUAUGGAAUCCUCUCCGUGGGUGACCAGGAAAUAUGGGAUGCAGUGUGGGAGCUCUUUGUCAACGAGGGCGAUGCCAGCGAAAAGUCCAAACUGAUGUACGGACUGUCCGCCAUUCAGUCUCCGUGGCUGCUACAACGCUACAUUGAUCUUGCCUGGAAUGAGGAGUAUGUCCGGGGACAGGACUACUUCACCUGCCUCACCUACAUCUCUGCGAAUCCUGUGGGCGAGUCCCUGGUCUGGGAUUAUGUCCGGGAGAACUGGCUUCGCUUGGUCGAUCGUUUUGGCCUCAAUGAACGCUAUUUGGGCAACCUGAUACCCUCCAUCACAGCCCGCUUCAGUACUCAGACCAAGCUCGAGGAGAUGGAGCAGUUCUUUGCCAAGUAUCCCGAGGCCGGAGCCGGAACAGCUGCCCGCGUGAGGGCCCUGGAGACGGUGAAGAAUAACAUCGUGUGGCUGGCCGAGAAUCUUGAGGGCGUGGACGCUUGGCUGGACAAACAGCAACUGUAGAAUGACCCAAAGAGGAAGUGGCAUUGUGGCCACGCUGCCCAUUAAACUUGUACUCGUAUUAUUGCCAUUAUAAAGCAAAAAAUGUGCCAAACAGCAUGAAAUAAAGAUAAGCUAGUUAUUGGGAAAACUCAAAUUACAGCUCCAUAAAUAAGCAAUUAUCCAUUUGCUGAUUGGGCUAACUAGUACCCUGAUAACAGAUUAAAACCAAGAAUGUUUAGUAUAGAGUAAUAAUAUAUCUGAUUUUAUAGACAUUUAUGGAGAGGCCAAAUGUCAGUUCCAAUAGUUUAUGGAAAGUUUUUAGGAGGG